AUGCUGAAGACGUUCUCCAACAGAUUGUACAGCAAGGGCCGUGUCUUGGGACACAAGCGGGGGAAGCGCAACACUCGCCCCAACACCUCCCUCAUCCAGAUCGAGGGUGUCGCCUCCAAGGAGGACGCCCAAUUCUACCUGGGCAAGCGUGUUGCCUACGUUUACAAGGCCAAGAGGGAGAUUCAGGGCUCAAAAAUCCGUGUCAUCUGGGGACGAGUUACCCGGCCGCACGGUUCUUCAGGUGUCGUCAAGUCAAAAUUCCGAUCCAAUCUCCCUCCCCACGCAUUCGGUGCCAGCGUCCGAGUGAUGCUCUAUCCUUCGAACAUCUAA